AUGCACAUACAGUACUGUAGCUCGAGACGCAUCCGCGGCCCCGCGCGCGAUCCAACAUUCGGUUGCGAUGAGCUCAAAGCGGCAAAACCCGCUUCACUCCUUUUUUACAAAAAAGUCAAGCAGUGUAAACUGUUUCGAGCGACGUUUAAGACGUACAGUGCCGACGAGGGAGGAAGCACCAAUGGACUCAUUGCAGCACCAACUCACUCUAGAGUAAACGGAUGGUCUCUACCACUUCAUGUUCUCCAACCAGUGGCAUGGCUAAUAUUCAGCUACAUGGGCAUUGUAGGCUUUGGGGUUUUUAUCCCUCUUCUACCACAACCAUGGAACUACAUUUCAUACGGUGUGAUCGGGGCAAUCUUCACCCUGCACUUGUUGAUCCACAUGGCGGCGGUGACCACGGACCCGGCCGACUAUGCUGUGCGUGUCAAGAAGGAUUACUCCAGCCCUAUGCCUGUGUUUGACAGGAAGAAACAGCCACAUGUCAUACACAAUCAGCACUGCAACCUGUGUGACGUUGACGUGGGAUCCAAAGUAAAACACUGUGGCAACUGCAACAAGUGCAUAGCAGAUUUUGACCACCACUGCCAAUGGCUCAACAACUGUGUAGGAAGAAGGAAUUAUUGGCUAUUUUUCUUGACUGUGCUUUCGGCCGUUUGUGGAAUAUUCCUCCUCAUUCUGGUCAUCUCCUUUGUCUUCGUUGAACACUUUGUGAAUCCUGAAAUUCUUCGUACAGCAGCAGCUUUCCGAGCUGUCAAUGGGAGCACAACAUGGUUAGUGUUCCUGCCCUUAGCACCAGUACAGACCAGUUCCGUCAGUCUUCUCGUGUUGGCUGUAAUCACUGUCAUCAUCGCACUGGUCUCCUUCCUGCUGCUGUGCCACUUACUGAUCUUCCACAUGUUCCUGUUAUAUAAAGGUUUGAGCACGUACGAAUACAUAAUGAAGCAGCGGCAGUUGCAGAGUUCCAGUCAGCAGGUGGAAGGAGCCACACAGUCGUCCUCCUCUAACGCAGAUGCAUCUCUGAACCUUGGACAUUUCAAGAUGUCCCUCGGGUGUAACACAUUAUUGUCUGGCAAAUCAAGCAUCUUCAAGUACAAACACAGAGGACAGUCAACUGUCUCAAGAACCAUCUGUAAUAAGACGAAACCUCGGUCAGAUGAUGGAAAGAAUCUUCCACACCAUGGCCCAAAAUCAGCAAUACAAAUGAUACCAGGUGCAGCUCCAUUGGGUUGGAGUGUGAACAUGAGACAGAUGGAGAUACCAUCAGCUGAACAAAUCGAAGAGCCGUUUGGUCAGAGUUCUCUCGGCACCCCCAUCGUGGACGCCACUGAGGUUCAGCAGUAGCAUGUAGACUGAGCUGAGGAGCUCAUUGCUCCACUGCUGCGUGCAACUUCAGCUAUUCUGAGCAAAUAUGCUGAACGUCUGCAGUUUUGCUUGUAUACAUCUAACAAAAAAAGGACAUAAAAGUGAAAGCUUUUAUUUCGAAUGACUAAAAAUGAUCCUGGUGAGUAUCGUGGUGGAUCCAGAGCCUAUCCCAAGAACGCUAGGCAUAAGGUUGGGGACACCGGCCAAUCACAGGACACCACACACACACACCCACUAGAAGCAAUUUAUUGCCUUCUGUACACCAUUUUUGGAGGUCAGAGGUGACGAGUGAACCAAAGGAAAUCAACACAGACCAGGAGACCCAAACACAAUCUCAAACCAGAGAUUCUACGAUCCUAUGCUACCUGCAGGACUAGCAUACUAAACACAUACAGUACAGACCAAAAGUUGGGACACACCUUCUCAUUC